AUGACGAUUAUAAAACUCCAAAGUAACGACGGAGUAGUGUUUGAAGUUGAUGUGGAAAUAGCCAAGUGUUUAACAAUCAUCAAAACGAUGUUGGAAAUCCUUGUAGUUGACGAAAGCGAUGAAGAAACGCCGAUUCCUCUGCCAAACGUUCACUCUGUUAUUUUGGAAAAAAUAAUCCAGUGGGCCACUCAUCACCAUAAAGAUGACCCGCCGUUCGUGCAUAGUUGUGAUGAAGGUGCUUCACUACAUACAGACGAGAUGUGUUCAUGGGACGCUAAAUUUUACAAUAUGGAAAUCAGAAUGCUCUUCGAUCUUAUUAAGGCUGCCAACUACCUCGAUAUCAAGUUCAUUUUCAAAGAAGCUUACAGAAAUGUAAUUGUAGCUCUUUUGAAACAAGGGUUCACACAUGAGCAAGUUAAGAACUUGUUACAUGCCGAAAAUAUUUUUGAUUCGGAUGAAGACGAAUGA